UUGAUAUUCUCCUUCAAGCGUUGCUGCUUCCUGUGUUUUGGGGACAAACAGUAGAGUGAUGGACGCAAUCAGCCAGUUGCAAGAAAAGGUGAACACGAUCGCGACAAUUGCUUUCACCACCAUCGGGACGCUACAACGGGAUGCGCCUCCCGUCCGAAUCUCCCCAAAUUACCCGGAAGCCGGAUCCGCACCGACCCCCAAUCCCAAUCCGAAUCCCAACCCGAAUCCGACUCCGGAAAGUGACACGGAGUUCGCGAAGCAACCCAAGCUGAUGAGUGCUGAUCUAGUGAAAGCAGCAAAGCAGUUUGAUGCAUUGGUGGCGGCGCUGCCGUUGUCGGAGGGAGGCGAGGAAGCUCAGCUGAGGAGGAUUGCUCAGCUUCAGGCCGAGAACGACGCCGUCGGCCAACAACUUGAGAAACAACUGGAAGCUGCAGAGAGAGAAUUGCAAGAGGUCAGAGAGUUGUUUGGAGAAGCAGCGGAUCACUGUUUGAACAUGAAGAAAUCAGAUUGAAAAACUAGAGUUGCUUCUUGUUUCUUAGGAAAUUUACCACUGUAAUUUACGUGUUCUUUUUAAACCGGUUACUGAGAGACUAUGGAUCUUGUGUAAUUGUGGUGCCAGUAUUUUAGAGGUUAUGCUUUUAAUUUUGAGAACUUUAACGAAAA